AUAAAUAAAUAAGCUUUUUUCAUGCUCUUCCCGUUUUAGCCCUCCAAACUCUUCUCUCUCUUCCGGCCAUGGGCAACGGCUUCGCCAAGCUAACACCUUGCUGCUCCUCCGCCGUCCCACGCCGGCGCCGGAGCCGGCACGUCUUCGCCGCCGUCACCUCCGAGCCCUUCGAUGAGACUCUAGGUCACUCCUUCUGCUACGUCCCUGAGGACUCCUCCGUGUAUCGCUCCAUCUCCGGCGCUGCUCUCAGUGCUAACGCUUCCACCCCUCCUUCCACCUCCGAUGCCCUAGCUCUCGCCUCCCACCUCACUUGGCCCUCCUCCGCCGCCACCGCUGCCGCCUUCGAGAGCUCCACCUCCUUCUCCUCCGGCCCUCUCAAUCUUGACCGCCCUUUCCUCUCCGGCCCCAUCGAUCGCCCCGUCUUCCACUCUGGCCCUCUUCCUCGGAGCCUCUCUCUACGCCCUCGCCACACUGCCGCCUCUCUUCUCAAAUCCCUUUCCCGCUCCCUUUCCUCCAAACCCUCCCCCAAAUCCGACUCUUUUGGUAGCUCCCUCACCAGCGAUCUCUCUGAUUCCUCCGAUCCCCAGGACGGUAGCAGCGGCAAUCUCCAGUGGGCGCAAGGCAAAGCUGGGGAGGACCGCGUCCACGUCGUCAUCUCCGAUGAGCAUGGCUGGGUCUUCGUCGGCAUCUACGAUGGUUUCAGUGGCCCUGACGCCACCGACUACAUCCUCGCUAAUCUCUACUACUCCGUCCAGCGCGAGCUCAAAGGCCUCCUCUGGGACGAAGAUAAGCCCGAAACCCGCCAUCUCUCCGAUGAUUCUCACCGUCUUAAACCGAAAACUAGUGAAGAUCCACGCCGAGAAGGGAUUCGAAUGUGGGAUAAGAGAAGAAGCUGGAAAACUCCGGGGAGGAGAUGGGAGGAGAAUCAGAGAAAGUGGAAGUGCGAGUGGGAUCGAGAAAGACUGGAACUUGAUCGGAGAUUAGAGGAGCAGCUGAGGAAAUCCAGCUCUUUGAGCUCUGUGAAUCACCAUGAAGUUCUCAAAGCUUUAUCAAUGGCUUUAAAGAAAACAGAGGAUGCUUACUUAGAUAUUGCAGACAAGAUGCUUGUUGAAAAUCCUGAGUUAGCUUUGAUGGGUUCUUGUGUUCUUGUAAUGCUGAUGAAAGGAGAAGAUGUUUAUCUGAUGAAUGUGGGUGAUAGCCGAGCCAUUUUGGCGCGAAAGGCCGAGCCUGAUGUUUGGGGAUCGAUUGGCAAGCCGACCCAGGAUUUGGAGAGGAUUAAAGAGGAGAUGGAUUGUGAUGAUCUGGUGGAUUCUUUGCCGAGUUUGGUUGCUCGGCAGCUUACUUUGGAACAUAGUACUAGUGUCGAAGAGGAAGUGCGAAGAAUCAAGAAUGAGCAUCCUGAUGAUACUUGUGCUAUUGUGAAUGACCGCGUGAAGGGAUCAUUGAAGGUUACCAGAGCAUUUGGAGCUGGAUUUUUGAAGCAGCCCAAAUGGAACAAUGCACUUUUAGAGAUGUUUAGGAUUGAUUACGUCGGUUCAUCACCGUAUAUCACAUGCAAACCAUUUGUGUGCCACCAUAGACUUGGCCCGAAAGAUCGAUUCUUGAUACUCUCCUCUGAUGGCCUUUACCAAUACUUAACUAAUGAGGAGGCCAUUGCUCAAGUUGAGCAAUUCCUUGCAAAUUCCCCGGAAGGGGAUCCGGCACAGCACCUUGUUGAAGAAGUGCUCUUCCGCGCAGCAGAAAAGGCUGGUAUGGAUUUCCAUGAGUUGCUCGAAAUACCUCAGGGAGAUCGAAGACGGUACCAUGAUGAUGUUUCGAUUAUUGUUAUUUCUUUGGAAGGAAGAAUAUGGAGAUCAUCAUGCAUGUAAAUAAACUGUUUGUGAGAUAUAGAGAUACUUCUCCACAGGAAUUUUGGUAGCAGUCUCAAUUGGAGACUCUGGAGGUCUGUCAAUUUGGUGGUUGGUGCUGUGGAUUGUAAAGGCAAAAUAGCUACUCCAUUGUUUGUGUUCAUUCAAUUUCAAUCUGUUAUACAGAGAAAUAAAUGUAAUCUUGUAAUGAAUAGUACCAUCAUUCAACUUAAUUAUUAUUUACAUCAAAUGGGCAAGCUUUCUCAUUGCCUUCAUUU